UGUGGUUGGCUACUCUGUGAAUUGAAUGGUCUCUUUGGGUGGGAAUCGGUUGCUUUGUUUGUUACUAUCUCCGAAGAUACAAGGCAGUUGCGUUUCCUUCCGCAGCGAAAAAGGGCCCGUGAACGUCCCGCCCCGGGUGACGAGGAGAGGGGGGGGGGGGUAAGCGAGACGCAAUCGCCAUGGGGGAGUAAUCAUAAGAAGGGGGAAUAGUCGAUGGAAAGAAGAAAAGAAAACCAGCCGAGGGUCCGAUGUCGUGUAGCCCGUCCAUUAUUCCCCCCAUUGCACGAAACAAAUCUGGGCGCGCAGGUUGGCAAUUUUUGCCAUGUCGCCCGCCCUGAAGUCGGAAAUGACAGGGCGAUUCGCAAGUCAAAAAGAAGUCGCCCUCGUGUGCCCUGACCCCAGCGCGCGUCUGCCGCCCGAGUCACGAUCCCGACCUGCCUACCCUAUCCGUACCGUUUUCCCCCGACGCAGGGAGCAAAAGAAGUUAAGGCCAUGGUCGCAUCCAGGGCGGCGGUUGUAAUGGUGGUAUCUCUUUGUUUGGAUUAUUUGUCACACUCGGGAUUUCUUGUUGUGGUAUUGGCGAUUAGAAGCAGCAGGUCAGGCAUUCCAGGCAGCACUCGCAGGUCUCUCCGCAGAGCCAGCAGCAGCAAAGGGUGGCGAUGCAGCCGUAGAGACAGCCCUUGUCGUCCUUCUUCUCUUCCUGAGGGGGGGCCUGACCCUGAGGAGGGUAGUACAUCUAGACGGGCAUGCUGUCAGCUGCCUGCGCAUCGAGGUUUCCUGCGAAUAACGAGGGAGGACUUACAGGCUGCUGGCCGGGAGGAGGGUAGCCCUGGGGAGGGUAGCCACCUUGAGGAGGGGGGGCGCCAUAGUAGGGCUGCUGCUGGGGAGGGUAUCCAGACAUGUUAAUUGAGGUUUACGAGGGAGUUGUUGAUGAGGCGAGGCUGUUGUGUAUGGGGCUCGCGUAAACAAAGCGAACGUUGGUGAUGGUGGGAGAUUGCGCGGGAGGGAAGACGCAAAAAAAGGAGGGAAAGAGUGAAGGAGGUGGAAAGAUGCGAAUUCCAGGCAGGGGGUGAUGGAGAGGAUAAAAAAGAAUAAACUGGAAGGGAAUGGUGAAUCGAGGAUGUGAGGUC